AUGGAUCUACCUUCAGUACAAAGCAAAAUAACAGAGACUGAGGGCAAUCUUUUUCAUGCUCCAGACGGUGCAGCUCUAAUCCACGCCUGCAAUUGCCAAGGGUCUUGGGGCAAGGGCAUCGCGACGGCCUUCAAAGAUAAGUAUCCAGCUGCCUUUGCGAUCUACCGUUCCCACUGCCAGAAUCUCCUGUCCAGCCCCAGGUACAGGCCUGAGCCUGCGGCGCGGAGCGAAGAGUCCCAAGCAAGAAACUCUCGAAGCGUACGACUACCAGAGGGCACUGCAUUGAUCAUCCCUCCUCAGAAGAGAGACUCCGAGGCGAACGGCAAGAAACACUGGAUCAUUUGCUUAUUCACGUCCCGCGGCUUUGGGCGGGCCGUCAGUCCACCGGAUGUCAUCAUCAAGAAUACCGAGCUUGCUGUGGCGGAUAUGAAAAGGCAGCUUGCGGAAUUACGGGCGGAUCACUCUUCUCAGGAAGGGUCGGUUGGUGAGUUGUGGUCUUGCCAGUUCAAUUCUGGUUUAUUUCGGGUUCCUUGGGCACGCUCGCGGAGGGUGUUGGAAGAAGCUGGGCUGGAGGUUACUGUAGUUCGGCCUCAUGGGGCAUGA